CAACCUCUUCUAUUUUCUCGUAUGGUUAGGGCUUUAGAGAGGAGAAGCAGAGGAGGGAAGUAAAGCUUUCCGCAAAAACCCUCGAGAAUCCACACUCUCCAAAGUUUCUUUAGGACGAUCUACAAUGGCGGACGACGACUAUAAUGACAUGGAUAUGGGAUAUGAGGAUGAGCCACCAGAGCCUGAGAUUGAAGAAGGAGCCGAGGAGGAUUUGGACAACAAUAACAAUGAUGAUGUUCCUCUGGAACCUAUUGAAACUGAGGAAAAGGAAGACCAGGAUGCUAAAAACAAAACUACUCGCAAGACAUCAAAGUACAUGACCAAAUAUGAGCGUGCUAGAAUCUUGGGUACCCGCGCCUUGCAAAUCAGUAUGAAUGCUCCUGUUAUGGUUGAGUUAGAGGGUGAGACUGACCCACUUGAGAUUGCCAUGAAGGAGCUUCGAGAGCGGAAAAUACCCUUCACCAUACGGCGCUACUUACCUGAUGGAAGUUAUGAAGAUUGGGGAGUUGAUGAGUUGAUUGUUGAAGACUCGUGGAAGAGACAAGUGGGAGGCGAUUGAUUACAAGUCAUUUGUUAAUGGAGGAAUAUGAAUUGUGUUCUUACUUCUAGAUUGUUGUGUGGUUGUGGUAACUCUUAGAUUUGGUCUGUAAAUUUAAAAGGACUAAUUGAAUGAAUCCUUUCGAACUAUAUUAGUAAGACUCAUUUUAAAA